AUGCUUUCGAUUCAACUUCUCUUAUUGUCCAUCACAUUUGUUUGCUAUCCAGCGUUUUUCAAUAGAAACGGCGGAAAAAUUGCUGCACUUUCUGCAACGGACGUUGGCUAUCUUGAGGCAACGGGUGCAGUGGUUGACAAUACAACAACCACAACGAAUGGCAACUCAAACAACUCAGCUGCUGCAGCCAGCGAAUUGGAUAUUUUAAUGCCUCCCAUCGAGUUCACGGAUGCUAUUGCUGGUAUCGCUGAUGUGACUCCUUCACCGGGCAACGCCAAUACGCAGGGUAAGGGCGGUAAUAAUCCAGCGCCAAAUUGGUGGCAUACUUACGAUGCUUUGCUGGUGGCGCUUGGCAUGAUUGUAAUGCUGCUGGUGAUGGUCUUGCUCAGCCACUGCAUUUGGCGGCGGCACAUAGAGCGGCGUGCGGAGGAAUGGGAAGCUGAAAAUGCGAGGAUCUUCUGCAGCACACCCUACUAUAUGGAUCGGAGUCAGAUAUUGGUCUAUUAAAUAAAUAUUUUCGUGCAAUGUGGCUAAGUAAUGAUACUUUUAAAAUUUAAGUUGUCAAAUAAGUUAUCA